AUCUCAGCGUCAUUUUGCCAACAUGUCUACUUCAUCCAGGUCUUGUGUUGUGGUGCUGGUUCUGGUGUUUGUAUACGUGGUGUAUCUGUUGAUCGGAGCUUGUGUGUUUUCGGCACUGGAGAAACCGCUGGAGGAGAAAGUUCGGGCCGAGAUGAAUCUUCUCAAACAGCAGCUUAUCAGUAACAUGAGCUGCAUUAACAUAUCCACACUGGAAGAUCUCUUAGAGAAACUCAUAAACGCUAAUAAAUACGGAGUGUCACUAGUACAAAACACCUCCGAGAACUCUAACUGGGACCUGGCGUCCGCUUUGUUCUUCUCCAACACUCUGGUUACCACCAUCGGCUAUGGGCACACCACUCCACUGUCUGAUGCGGGGAAAGCAUUUUCCAUUGCGUAUGCCUUAAUUGGUGUCCCCUUCACCAUGCUGGUGCUGACGGCAUGUGUGCAGCGCCUGAUAAUGCCGUUGAACCUGCGACCAGUGGCGUACUGGCGUCGGCGGUUUGGAUGGCAUCCUCACACUGCCAGCACCGUGCACUUUGUCCUCCUGCUCCUGCUGAUCAUUGUGUUGUUCUUUUUGCUGCCAGCUAUUGUUUUCAGCGUCAUUGAGGACUCCUGGUCAUUUCUGGAGGCUUUUUAUUUCUGCUUCAUCUCCCUUUGCACCAUCGGGUUAGGAGAUUUCGUCCCAGGCGAGCAGCCUAAUCAGAAAUUCCGACCACUCUACAAAAUCUCUGUUAUGGUCUACCUCUUUUUAGGCUUGAUGGCGAUGUACUUUGUUCUCCGUUCUUUUCAUAAACUGGCUGAUGUUCAGGGAUGGACGGCAUUUUUCCAUUUGCCCAGCUGUGACGACGAUGGUGAAGAAGAGAUUGAAAGCACCUCUGAAGAACCUAACGUGUGUGAGACGGACACAAAGCCACUGGACCCCAGCGCUCGUGUCUCCUACAACUCCAUUAGCAGAUAGACAUUUUCAGACUGACACUCUGACCACUGAGCAGUGGAGGAUGACUGAAGUGUAGAGAUUGUGUGUGGGUCUUUAGUUUUGCAAACCAGUGCAAUAUUAACGUGUGUUGAUGCACCGUUUCCUCAUGGUUUGUUGUUCUGCAUUCAGAGCAGAACUGAUAAAGGUGUAGGGGAACUACAAAGGGCUGUUUCAUAUGUUUAGGGGUUUCUUGACUAUAUUUUUAUGUUGGACCAAUUUGUGUGUUUUUUUCACCCUAGUAACCAAAACAAGCUAUUACUUAUUCAUAAGUUUGUUUUUCUGCUAUCUUUUUCAUUUGGACCACAUUGCAAGGGUACAUUUUGGGUAAAUACUAAUGUUUUUUUGAAGCCAGAGUAAAUGUCAGUGUCAGCUUUUAGUAUAUGUUGGCAGUUUGGACCACUUGUCCCUUAUUAAUCAGAGAAAUCUGUCAUUGUUUUACCAUUUAGUCCUUGGGAGCAUUUUGGAUAAACAUACUAUGUAAAGGUAUUAGAUGUGGAAAUUGAACACAGUGCAAUAUCAGUCAGUUUGUAUGGAGUUGUGCUUACAUGUUUGUCUUUAUUUUUCUUGCCACUUAUCACAUUUAAAGAAGCAUCUUUGUUCUGAGGCCUGCUGUUUUUGCAGGACCUCUUUGUAAUCUAUGCAACAGUUAAAAAUAAUAAAAAUUAGAAAUACUUUUAUUUUUGCAUAUCUUAUUUGGACCACUUGUGCCUUAUGCUGGUUGUUUUACAUUCAGACUCCUGCACUGACAAUCUGUGAAACUUGAUAUUCAUGUUAUUUAUAUAUGGCUGAUUUAUGUUUGCUUCUUAUUACUUGCUAACAAACCUUUCUGAUAAAAAUAUUUUGUUUUUUUCCUAUUCAGAUGGUCACAUAGGUGCAGUAUAGAAACUCUCUACACGAUCCAUUAAUAUUGCUAUUGCCAUUGCAUAUGCUAUUAUUUAUUAUUAUUAGCAAGCACCUCAAAUAUGAUAUUCAAUGUUUUAAUAGUGACUUGUGUGAAAUAUGAAACCUCUGACUAAUUUAGGACUAAUCUAUCUAUAAUUGUUGUUAAUGUAACUAUGUGAUGGAACAAAAAGGGCUAAACAGCAAGAGGGGAAGAAAGGAUGAAAAUGAACACGAUACGGUUUAAUUGGUUGUCUGAAUCUUUCAGUCAUGUCAGAACAUAAGAAAAGAAAUCUGGCUCAAUCAGGACGGGACUUUGAGACUUUUCUUUGUGUAGUUCGUGAUAUUUCUGUUCAGUAUAUAGGCAGAGCUCUGUGAGCCUAAUUCAUAAACCAUGUCUCAUGUAAAUACUCCUGUGGUUUGACAUCACAGUAAAUUGUCUUGAAAUGUUCAUUAGGUUUUAAAUAUAGCAGCAAAUUAAAGAACUGUUAAAAAUGUAAUAAAUACACAAUGA